GGGGCCGGGGCGGCGCGUGGGGGCCCCUCCGCUGCGCCCCGCUCCGAGCCCCGCGCUCAGGAGGCGGCGGCGGCGGCAGCGCAGGUGCCCGGCGGGGGGGGGGCGGCGGGGCCGGAGCCGGGGCUGGAGCCGGAGCCGGGCUCGGGGCCGGGCUCGGUGUCGGUUCCCGGCGGGAUGGAGCAGGGAGCGGCGGCGCUGAUCCGCGAGGGCUGGUUCCGCGAGACGUGCCGGCUGUGGCCGGGGCAGGCCAUGUCGCUGCAGGUGGAGGAGCUGCUGCACCACCAGCGCUCCCGCUACCAGGAGAUCCUCGUGUUCCGCAGCACCACCUACGGCAACGUCCUGGUCCUGGACGGGGUGAUCCAGUGCACGGAGCGGGACGAGUUCUCCUACCAGGAAAUGAUCGCCAACCUGCCCCUCUGCAGCCACCCCGACCCCCGCAAGGUGCUCAUCAUCGGUGGCGGCGACGGGGGCGUGCUGCGAGAGGUGGUGAAGCACCCGACGGUGGAGUCCGUGGUGCAGUGCGAGAUCGAUGAGGAUGUGAUCCAGGUAUCUAAGAAAUACCUCCCAGGGAUGGCAGUGGGGUACUCCAGCGCUAAGCUGACCUUGCACGUGGGAGAUGGUUUUGAGUUCAUGAAACAAAAUCAAGAAGCCUUUGAUGUGAUAAUCACGGACUCGUCUGACCCCAUGGGUCCUGCAGAAAGUUUAUUCAAAGAAUCCUACUACCAGUUGAUGAAGACGGCGCUGCGAGAAGAUGGCAUUCUCUGCUGCCAAGGUGAGUGCCAGUGGCUGCACCUGGAUCUCAUUAAGGAGAUGCGUCAGUUCUGCAAGUCUCUGUUCCCUGUUGUGGAGUACGCCUAUUGCACCAUCCCCACGUAUCCCAGCGGGCAGAUUGGCUUCAUGCUCUGCAGCAAGAACCCGAACACAAAUUUCCGGGAGCCUGUGCAGCAGCUGUCAAGGCAACAAGUAGAGGAGAGGAAUCUGAAAUACUACAACUCUGAUAUUCAUCGGGCAGCUUUCAUCCUGCCAGAGUUUGCACGGAAGGCCCUGAGUGAUGUGUGAGACUGAGAAGCUGCUUCCUCCCUUCAAGUUGGACCCUGAGAUCGUCAGUGAUGUGGUGGGGACCUUCCCAGCAGGCUGCAGAUUCGCUCUCCACUGUGUGGGAUUGUUUAACCCCUUGCCAGCCAACAUUCCUUUUGAUGUGUUAAAGAUGGGACAUCAGCUAGAUAAGACUAUUGGAAAGGUCCGCUGACAUUGCGUGAGGUCAAAACUGUUGUUUGCAGUACUGGAAAUAUAACAUGUCUUCUUCCCUUCUCUCUCCCCUUUACCCGUUCUAAAUUUGCCCCCACCUCUCCCCAAACUGACACGAUAUAUUUAUAACUGACAUGUAUUUCUGUCUGGUGAUCUUCUGAAACUUGGAACAAGUCCAGGAGGUUCGCCAACUCGGCCUUAAGCACAGAGAGCGAGGUCUUUGUGCGCAAAGUUAGCUUGCUCCCUGCUACCAGGAGCUCCCUGCUGAUGAGACGUUUUGACUGGUAACGGGUCUGAGCCUUCACGUCCCCCUGCCCACCUGUGACUGCCUGCGCUGUGCUGCAGCACGGCCGGAGGGGUCACGGUGCAAACUGUUGCCAUUCACAGUAGGUCUCCCUCCAACCCUGAUGGAGUAGCAGUAUUAAACACCAGCCAGCCGGCCGGGCUGGCAGCAAAGUCUUGUGGCUUUUUUUUUUUUCUAAAUUGGUUGGAAACAGAAGUGCUGAGGUACUAACAGGCCAACUCCUGUUCUUACCCCUGCCGUCAGAGUGGUUCCAAAGAGUGUUUAUCAAUACGUGAUAGGCGCUUUAUAUAAAUAAAUAUAAAUAUAUAUAUAUAAAAAACAAACCUUAGAUCCAUUGCCUGCUGUGAAGUACUGAUGCUGGGGAGUCGGUUGCGCUGACAAAUCUCUUCUCUCAGUCGUGCUGAGAUGCCUCAGGCCUGGGUAUUAGCUGGUCCUUAGGAGGCAUCGUUAUUCCUAAUGCUGCCCCCAGACGUAAGUUGUUUUUCAUUGUACUCUGUUGUGAGAUGGAUCUGCCUCCUCUGUACUUUUGUUCUAAAGACUCGGUUCCACCGCUGUGCAGUGGGGAUCUUCCCAGCACAACCACGGGGGGAUUGUCACUCCCUUGCAAUCAAUUAAACACUCGGCUCUGGUUAAGGUGACAUCAGUGUGGGUUGGUGUGCUUUUUGGGGAUGCUAACAGAUCCUGCAAGUUUGCUCUGCUUGUCAGAAGACAUCCAGGGCACUCAGUAGUUGGUGUCUCUCUUGUCUCCAGGGAUGACAAAUACCAUCAAAAAUAACCUCCAUUAAAAAUGAUGCCAUCGCU